AUGUCUGAACUGCCGGAGGACUUGUGGAGAAGAAUAAUGGAGAUCGGAGUUGAAAAGUCAGUUAUGGAUUUCGAAGAUUUGUGUCGGCUUUCACUCACCUGUAAAUGCCUUUAUAAACUCUCAGGUGAAGAUUCUCUUUGGUCCUCACUGCUUUAUCGAGAUUUUUACUACAACGAAGAUGACACCAUUGCUAGUAAAAAAGAGCUUUACAAGCUCAUGUAUUUAGAAUUAAAAAACCCUGUCCACGACCAUCCCUGGGAUUAUUUUUCCCCCUUAACUACUCUUGAUUCUCCCUUUGAAUUGGAGUAG